GUAACAGUCAAGUGUCUCCUGAAACUGCUAGCAGUGCAACUUCACCAAGGGUCCAGAAAGAGCCACCACAGAGGAAGGCGAAUGUGGUGUCUACAAAAGUCAGAUACGAUUACAAAUUGUGUAAAAUCACCAAUUGGAAAGACCCUUUUGUUCCUUGGUACACUAACAAACCUCAAGUGCAAGCUGGUACUUCCAAAAAAAAGACCAGGAACUGGAAUGGAAGUGUCUCCUGAACCUGGUAACAUUGCAACUUCACCAAGGUUCCAUCAAAAGCCUCCAUUGAGGAUGGUGAAGAUGACUCCUAGAAAAUUCAUAUAUGGUUCAGAUACAUUGAGACAAAUGUGUUGGAGGUGCCCUGUUGUUCGUAAAGUUUUUAAACAACCUGAAAUCCAAGCUUCAGCCUCCAUAGAGGGAUUACAAAUUGAAAUGGAAGCAUCCCCUGAACAUUCUAACAGCGCAGCUUCACCUGUGUGCCAGCAAAAUCCACAAGGGAGGAUAGCGAAGAUGAUAUCUAACAAACGCAGAUGUGUUUGUGUCAUCGUGAAGGAAUUUUAUCAAAAUCAACAUAUGGUCCCCCUUAAUGAGAACAAACCUCAGGACAUCGCUAGUACCUCAAGAGAAACACCCCACAUCAAAACAGAAGAAGUACCUGAACAUGGUGACAAUGUGUCUUCACCAAAGGACCAGAAAAUACCAGUGCAGGCAAUGAAGGUGGAGUGUAGAAAACUCACAGGAAGUACGUAUUGUGGAAUCUCUUUUUCAAGACACAUGUUAGAUAAGAAGUAUUUAAAUUCUCACUGUCUUUUCUAUGAUGCACCAACGUGAUGUAAGUCUCGUUUGGGAGUGAAAUGGAAAGUUCAAGGGGAAGAAAGCAAUGCCUGAAGUAGUCAUUCCGACUCUUGUGUCUGCAGUCAUUGCAUUCAGCUCCAAUGACUUCAGCUAUUUUGGCAUUUUUGUGCACCAGGCAGUGUCUAAAAAGAUUUUUUUCCAAAACAGUUAUCCUUAUUAUACAAUCCACUUUCCAGUAACAAAUUUGUCAAUUCAAAAA